GGUUCGGUUUUAUUUUGAUGGAAAGCAAUCCACACUACACAUUUUUCAAAAUAUUAACAAAAUAAAUAAAGGCCAUGGAUAUGCUGCAGCACAAAAAUAAAAUGGCAUUAAAAAAGUGUCAUGCAUAAAAUUGCAGCAUGACACACGCACACACACACACAAGAGGUAUAAAGCAGAAUGAGAAUAGUAAAACUAUGUUAUAUGACUGACACGUCUGCUAUGACAGAGUGAACUUUGGUAACAUAAUUUUGCUUUUCUCUGUAGAUUUAUUUCAGCCUGCUCAUUUGAUCACACUCUAAUAAAGUAAAAAAGGUCAGAAAACUAAUUCCACAACUAAUUUAAUAAUUGCGAGGAUUAAAAUGUUGUUGUUUUUAGUAUUCCAAUUUGAAAAUCUCUUGAUUUUCCAGUCUCUCAUCUCAUUGAACAGUGCAAGCACAGUUAGAUUCAACAUAUUUUCCACCCACGGUUUUAGAAAACAGGUCUCGGUGUCCUGGCCAAGUUUAGCCUGUAGAAGUCUGUCUUGUCCAGAUCCUACUACAAUAAUUUAGAUCAUAUUAAGACUGAAAAGGAUUAUGAAUUUAAUAUAAGCUGUAAUUUCUCACAAAUCUCUUGUGUCAUGGAAAUUUAGGCCUAUUUCACAGAAGAUAUUGUGGAACCCACUGAGGUUAAUGUGGACCCAGUAAAAUGAUCAAACUAAUAUCACCUCCACUCAUCUGGAAAGUUUUUAAAAUAGGCUCCUGUUGUAUCUGACUUUGCUGGAAAGGCUGGUUUUAGUAGCACUUCCUCCCUGUUGUGUCCGCUGGCGUCCUCUUACGGUGAGCCCCGUCGGUUCACCGGCGCCCCCGUCAUCACGCACACGGCCCCACCGCCGUCUCUCCACAGCCCAAGUUCACAAAGCCCUGGCCCGGUUUAGUUUGGAUUGGCUGUCCCACGGUGUGAGUCUCAACGUCGCCUGUGUGGCUGCGCUUUGGAUGGAGAGACCUACUCCGGAUCAACUUCAACUUGUACUUUUAGGGCAGGGCGACAUCAAGCAUUUACACUUUCUGAACGUUUCCUGGGUUUUCUUUCUCUUCUCUGCAGAGUGAUUAUUGUUGAAGUCGCGAUCUAACCAAGAUGGACACGGGUUGUCUGCCGGUGGGAGACUAGAUAACGGCGUCACUCUCCAAAGCUACAUGCACACUUCAUCCAUUUGUCCACUGGAAACGUUUUAUUCAGCACGUGGAUGGAGCCGGACUGGGUCGUUUCCAUCCCCAGACGUCAUAUCUUAGAAUGUGCAUUUUCCCACUGAAGUUUUGGUGAACUUUUCCCACGACUCGCCAUGUCGGGAGUGGUCCGCACCCUGAGCCGCUGCCUGCUCCGGGCAGACGCCAGCCGAGACCCGGGCACCAGCAAGGAAGGAAGCCGGGAGAGGGACGCAGCGCAGGAGCGCGAGGCACGGCGCAGGAGCCGGGAGAUAGACGCGAUGCUCGCCCGGGAGAGAAGAGCCGUGCGCCGGCUGGUGAAGAUCCUCCUGCUCGGGGCCGGAGAAAGCGGAAAGUCCACAUUCCUCAAGCAGAUGCGCAUCAUUAACGGACAAGAGUUUGAUCAGAAAGCUCUGCUGGAUUUCCGGGACACGAUCUAUGACAAUAUACUGAAGGGCAUGCGUGUGCUGGUGGAUGCCCGGGACAAGCUUGGUAUCAGCUGGCAGUGCUGUGAGAACGAGAAACAGGGCAUGCUGGUGAUGUCAUGGGAAGGACGUGUGGGGGCGUCGGGGGUCGAGCCCAGCGAGUUUCAGCUGUAUGUGAUGGCACUGAGCGCGCUCUGGGCAGACACCGGCAUACAGGAGGCCUACGCGCGACGCUCAGAGUUCCAACUGAGUGAGUCAGUCAAAUACUUCCUGGAUAACUUGGAUCGUAUUGGACAACUGAACUAUAUCCCAAGCAAGCAGGACAUUUUGUUCGCAAGGAAGGCGACAAAGGGCAUCGUCGAGCACGACUUUGUCAUCAAGAAGAUUCCAUUCAAGAUGGUGGAUGUCGGAGGGCAGAGGUCUCAGAGGCAGAAGUGGUUUCAGUGUUUUGACGGGAUUACAUCGAUACUCUUCAUGGUGUCAUCGUCUGAGUACGACCAGGUCUUGAUGGAGGAUCGAAGGACAAACCGCUUGGUAGAGAGUAUGAACAUCUUCGAGACGAUUGUCAACAACAAGCUCUUCCUCAACGUGUCCAUCAUCCUUUUCCUCAACAAAACAGACCUACUGGUGGAAAAGAUUCGCACGGUGGACAUCCGCAAAAACUUUCCUGAGUUCAGAGGAGACUCACGUAGGCUGCAGGACGUACAGGAGUUUCUGGUGCAGUCAUUCAGCCGUAAGAGGAGAAACCGGGGGAAGCCGCUUUUCCACCACUUCACCACUGCAGUGGACACAGAAAAUAUCCGCUUUGUCUUCCAUGCCGUCAAGGACACCAUCCUGCAGGAAAACCUCAAAGAUAUCAUGCUGCAGUGACCUUCACGCUGUAGAUGACGACUUCUCUGACUGUAAACUGUGAAACCAGCCGUGAAUUUAUGCCUUGAAGGCUGCUGCAAAGGCCUGCUUUGUUCUGACACUACAGCCCAUGAGCGCAUAUUAAACACUGACCUGUGGAGCAGUCGGUUGGUCCACAGAGUGGAUCUAACUGAACUCUGAGCCCGUGGAGCCAUGAAGUGACUCUGACACUGUUGGCCUGUGCCAGCCCCUGUGGAAAAUGUGAGGGUCAGCAAGGACAAGGCCCUGCAUUUAACCUGUAAAAAUGUGUGUAUGUUAGAAAGACACCGCCUUCUGAUUCUUGUAGCACUCAAGUGUUCAUACCUUAAUAUACAGGUAAAACAAAAAAAGUAUAAAAAAAAAAUGUAGAGAAAAGCACUAACUACAUGACAUAAGCACUGAAAGUGUUUUUUCUCAGAUGUAUAUAUGACUGACAGCCAUGUCACUAAACCAAGUCAGACUGCUGUCGGUGGAAAUGUGGCCGAAACAAGCUGCGUGAGCGAAAAGCAGGAGGGGAAAGAGGAAAUAAGGAAUAUGGAAGUAAGAAAGUUUAGAAGAAGCUGAAGAAGGCCUUGUACUAAUGCACACGUGACAGAGAGAGAGAGGGGUGAGGGCCGCACUGGUCAUACGCUGUGUUAAUAUGAUAAGGUUGCACAAGUGUUCCUGUCAGUGAACUUUAACAAAGGAAAGAGAUGAAUCUUAUCUCAUGCUCCCUGAUUACUCCUGCACUGUCUUUAUUUCUUUCAGUUCUCCUUCACUGGUUGUUUACUCAUCAGAUAAGGGAUGAACAGCUGCAGAUAACAAGCGGGAUAACUCUCCUCUCAGCACAAUAGACAGAUUGUGCAUCUCCUCCCUCUCCAGCAGAAACAGUAGACAGGCAAAUUAGAGACUCUUCUUGGUUUAAAGAAAUACACGCACAUAGAGAACAACACAGCUCCUGGUCCUGCAUGAAUUAUGGUUCAUCUGUCUCUGUGCCUUUCAGUUGUUUCCUACCAACUUCCCAGUAGAUACACCACUAGCCUAGCCUUAACCUGAGUCAGAUUAUAAGUAUUCUCUUUACAAGAAGUCUUUGGGAUACAGUUGCAGUGCUUGUUCUUGGUCUUUUGUCCUGUAAAUGAUUAAGGGAAUGGCAAAAAAUGACAGGGUUAGGGUUGACUCCAACUGUCAAUAACCUUAUUCCCAUGUUUCUGGCAAUCAUGUUGGACUUGUGCGGCAGCCGAGGUGGGAAGCCUUACCCGCACACAAAACAUCAAAACGAUAAUGUGUGACCAUAUGAUCGUAACAUAUCAUUUUAAAACCAUGGGGGGAAACUAUAAAAGUUUGAUAGGAUCUCUUUAACCCAUGGUUAGGUCUAAUGCCAAAUGAUAUGUUGAUCAACUGAUUGGCUUAUGGGCGGCACAGCUGCGUAGUCGUUAGCGCUGUCGCCUCACACCAACAAGGUUCCAGAUUAGGUUGACCGGUGACUCUAACUUGCCCCUAGGCGUAAGUGUGAGUGUACGUGGUUGUUUGUCUACAUGUCAGCCCUGUGAUAUACGUGAUGUACCCCGCCUCUCGCCCAGUGUCAGCUGUGAUGUUCAGGAAUAAGCGUCAAGAUAAUGGAUGAUUGGCUUAUUUGACAAUCAUUCUUUUCUCAUUAAUCAAAAAAACACUGCAGCCUCUCAGAUGUGGUGAUUUGCUGUUUUCUCUGAAUGACAUUAUUGUAAAUGAAAUGUGUCUGAAUGUCAGACUGUUAGUCAGGUAAUGUUUGGGCUCUGGGCCACUGUGUUCACUAGUUCCUGACAUUUUAAAGCUGCACUUGUCAAUAUAUUUGUAUUAACAGAAGAAGAAACGACUGCAGUCACUUGUAGUGAUAAACCCACUGUGAACUAUCACUUUCCUCAGUUCCCCUCAGCUCCACAGAACACUGGGUGUCUUUCAGCUCAUUGUCUUGGUUUAACGGCCCAUAACUUUACUUUUUUGGUUCACUCAUAGUCCUGUUUUCAGCCAUUUUCAGCUAAAAAGCUUGAAAAACCACCAGCACUGCCCAGCAACAAACAGCAGACAAAGUUAGCGACUAGCUGGUGGACAUAGGGCGUGGCGUUUCUGUCAGGAGCCGGUGGAGAUCCAAAUAGAGCUGACGGAACUGUGAAUAUUUGACUAGCGUCCAUAAGGUGACGAGAAACAUGACUCCAAGUGAAUGUUGCUCAACGUCUACUUAAUAUGUAAAUACCUGCUUGAUAAGACGUUUGCCAAGUCAACAUUAUGAGGUGAAACUAUAUUAAUGCUAUGUUUACAGAUUGCUGUUAUGCAGCCAAGUGCAAAAGAAACAAUUUAAUGGAGGCUUAAAGACCAAACAAUAACCAACACAUCAACUGCUCAUACAAAUAAUCACUAGUUGCAUCCCUAAUUGGGUGUAUUUCAUCAGUAUGAGUUAACUGGUAAGGUAGCAUGAAGCAGAAGUACUGUGGCUAUGGGUACUUCCAGUUUAAUGUACUGUGCGCACUGACUGAGAAUGACAGUUAACCUGUUCAGCGUUCACAUGUUUGAGGUGUCCUUUUGUGUCUGUAUUUUCAAAGUGUGUGUGAAUUUGAACCCAGAUACUUCUGAAAAUCAGUUCAGAAUGUGUGAAAUGAAAAUGCUGAUUUGAUUCCCAACAUUUGCAUGACAUGCAGCAGCAGGACACAUCUGGGCUGCUACUCCCACCCUGACUAUUAGGUCCAAAUGGCCUCGAGGGGAAUGAGGCUACUCAUGAGCACUCCCAAUGCCUUACUAUAAUACUGUAUUAAACUGUGUAAUUUUUAUGUGAUGUUAAUACAUGCAUGUUAAUAUCUCCUGUACAUAGAAUACUGUACGUAUUUGACUGACACUGUGUAUACCUUACAGUACACCACUAACAGUACCACUGUAACUGUAAUGUUGUUGUAACAUUUGUCAUUAACUAACCUACCUUUUACACUCACACAUGUUUGUUGUAAGUCUGCACUGGAUGUGUCUGGGAGAAGACGGCCAGAAAGCAAAAUGUCUGAAAAGGAAAAAAAAAAAAAAAGCCAAUGAAGCAAAUAAACAGGCAUCAGACUUUGAAAGGCGAGCAGGAUGGAAGCAGAGAAUGAACAGAGGGAGGUGCUCUGCUGUUGUUUUUGUUUCCCAGUGCCCUGGCUCUGUGCUCUGUGGUGAAAUACAUUGCCUUCUGCUGACAUGCUGUUUCUUU